AUUCAAUGCCAGACUCGUUCACACUUUUCUCAACACUCGUUAUUCGCCCGGAAUCGUCUUUCAUCCUUGCCUCCCUUCUACGUCUCGUCUACAAUAAUCUUGAUUUCACCUUCCUCCGCUAGACCAUCCGCCAAAUUCGGCACAAUUUACUUUCGACCGGCACAUACAGCCUUGAACGCCUCAUUUCACACACGCACAGCAGGCUUUUUGCGCAUUUCGUCUCUAUCCAAUCAACAUGCCACCCAAAGGCAAAGGGGCUGACCAGCCCAAGAAGACCAAGGCGACCGUCGAUGACAAGACUUUUGGUAUGAAAAAUAAAAAGGGUGGCGCUGUGAAGAAACAAAUAGCUCAGCUGCAGGCACAAGCCAAAUCAAACAAAUCUCCCGAAGAGAAACGAAAAGAAGCAGAGAAAGAGGCGAGAAAGAAGGAAAAGGAAGCUGCCGAAGCCGCCAGAGCAGAAGCUGCAGAACUUUUCAAGCCAGUCCAGGUCCAGAAAGUGCCCUUCGGCGUCGAUCCCAAGACCGUGCUGUGUCAAUUCUUCAAGCAAGGCCACUGCGACAAAGGAAAGAAGUGUAAAUUCAGCCAUGACCUCGAUGUAGGGAAGAAGGUGGCCAAAAGAGAUCUCUACCAAGAUACUCGAGAGGAAGAAAAAGAGGACAAGGAAAAGGAUACGAUGGAUGACUGGGAUGAAGAAAAACUACGCAAUGUCGUGAAAUCGAAGCACGGCAAUCCCAGAACAACGACAGACAAAGUCUGCAAAUAUUUUAUUCAAGCUGUCGAGGAUGGGAAAUACGGCUGGUUCUGGACCUGUCCCAAUGGAGGUGAUAAAUGCAUGUACAGACACAGUCUGCCACCUGGAUUUGUGCUGAAGACCAAGGAGCAGCGGCGAGCAGAAAAGGAGUUGAUGGACAAGUCUCCACUAAAGACACUGACACUUGAAGAUUUCCUAGAGUCUGAACGACAUAAAUUGACGGGGACAUUGACACCCGUGACGCCCGAAACGUUCGCCAAAUGGAAGAAAGAGCGACUUGAUAAGAAAGCUGCCGAAGACCAGGCCCGGCUGGCCAAGGAAGCUACUGGCAGAGCAAUGUUCGAGAGUGGCCACUGGAAGGAUUCGGAAGAUGAAGACAGUGAUGACAGCGAGGACGACGACGGCGGCAACGAACAAGAGUCUUUCAACCUUGAUGCUAUGCGCAAAGAAACUGAGAGGAUCCGGCAGCAGAAAGAAGAGGAACGAUUAGCCAGAGCUAACGGUGAGCCCGUCUCUGAUCCCCAGGAAGACACAAAUAGCAACGCAGAUGACGGGCAAGAAGGGGACGAUGACACUGGAGAUGGCAGCGGCGGAAGUAGUGGAGGGCAAGAAUGAUUCUGGCAUACGUUUGUUUUGCGACAACCCAUCUGAUAUUGCUUCAGCGCCUUUUUAGCGACAUGGCCCCAGCGAGGGCCGGUUCAAUGGAGGAAUUCUAGCCUCGCAGAUGGUCUUUGCAGGUCCGGGCGCCGGCUAUGCAUCACAGCCGCGGGUGAAUGGCUUCUUUUUUGAGAGCAUAUCGAUGACUAUGUUACGGACGAAGGAUCUGCUGUUGUUCUCAUGGGACACUGGGGCCGUUGAUGGUUCAUGUGCUAUGUCUAGCCAACCGAACCCCAGUAUAUAUCACUCAUCCAUCCAUGCAACAGAAAUGAAAUGGUCCUUCUGAUGAUAUACUUCGUAUGCCUCGGGCCAAUACGAGCUACAAUACGAGUGCCCAUCCUUGACUAUUCAAUCAUCCAUUU